AUGGCGGAAGCAUUGACAAAGGCGGUAGCCCGCCAAGCGCCCAACUUCAAGCUCGGAACGAAGCAAGUCUUCCUGCCGAGCCAUGUCGUCACCCUCAUCCGCAAAGACCGCGCGCCGCCGAACUGGGCGACAUUCAACGUGCCCCUGACCUUCACAAAGUUCGACCUGCGCGACUACCUCUGGAACCUGUACGGCGUGGAGGUGACGGCGGUGCGGUCGUGGGUGAAGCAGUCGCCCAUCGAGCGCAAGGGCGCCUCGGCCGGCUACUUCCGCCCGCAGAGCCAAAAGUUCAUGACGGUGCAGAUGACCAAGGCCUUUGUGUGGCCCAGCCCGCCCGGGGACCUCGAGCCGUGGAACAAGAAGCUGUGGGACGCGCGCGAGGCGACGUCGCAGAAGCAGGCCCGCGAGGACGUUAACCGGCAGCUCGGCAAGCUGCCGUACCCAAGCAAGGAAAAAGAGAGCGCCGAGCGCAAGAAGCUGCGCCGCGAGGCGACCUUGCUGAUGGAAGGCAGGAAGGACUUCAAGAAUGACGUCCAGUUGGACAGCAAGUGGGACCAGAUUGUCAAGGCAUCCAAGGGGAAGAGAAACUCAUCAUGA